GUGUUACCAAAGGCUCUCUAGUUUGCCGCUUUUGCUACUCGUUGAAGUUGGGGAUGAUUGUUCGACCCUCUCCAAUCCCCCAACGUAUCCCGCGAUUAGCAUAUUCCAGCUCUACUUUCCAAAGAUCUUCAAUGUCUAAUGAUUGCCAGGUAAUUAUUAAUGAACUAUGGGAUAAAGGCGGGUCAGCUCAGUCAGUUGUGCACGAAAGGCUUCCACCAGCCUAUCAGUAUCAGUAUGCUAGUAAAAUAUGGAGGAGGUUUGGGAUUGCCAUUGAAAACUUGUGCCAAUGAAAUUAGAUGACCAAAAGAAACGUUGAGUUCAUAAAUCGUAAUCUUCCUAAUGAAUUCACAGUUUCGCCUCAUCUGGGGAUAUGAGAGAUUAGGAGCACAUCAUCUUUUGAACCUUGGCUUGAAUUUGAAGUUUAAUGUUAAGAACUCGAUCAAACAAUUUCACAUGGAAAAUAUUCAAAGUGGAGGCUAUUCAAGGGGUGCUUUGGUUGUCUUCGAAGGGCUGGAUCGUUGUGGAAAGACAUCACAGUCUAGCAGAUUGUUAAAAUACUUGGAUGAAACUGGGCACUCCGUUCAGUCAUGGAGAUUCCCUGAUAGAAACACCUCUACUGGGAAAAUGAUAUCUUCUUAUCUUUCCAACCAGUCUUAUUUGGAUGAUCAUGCUAUUCAUCUCCUUUUCAGUGCCAACCGCUGGGAGAAGAGGUCAUUGAUGGAAGAAGCUCUGAAGAGCGGAACUACUGUCAUUGUAGAUCGAUAUUCUUAUUCCGGGGUGGCUUUUUCAUCUGCAAAGGGACUUGAUAUCCAAUGGUGUAUGGCUCCUGAUAUAGGAUUGCUUGCUCCAGAUCUGGUAUUGUUUCUUGACAUUUCACCUGAGAUAGCAGCUAAAAGAGGAGGUUAUGGUGGUGAGAGGUAUGACCAAUUGGAAUUUCAAAAAAAGGUUGCCCAAUCAUACCAGGUCCUUCAGGAUUCAUCAUGGAAGAUUGUAGAUGCAAACCUUCCCAUUGAAGACAUCGAAAUAAAACUGAGAGAACCUGUGUUGGAAUGCAUGAAAAAAUGUCGAGAGGGGAAACCCUUGUUACCGUUGUGGUCGAGCUAGCUUAGUUUGUUUAUGCCUUCUUCUCAUAAGGGUCCAUUUUCCUGUGUAACAUUACAGUUCAUGCGGUGACUUCUUAGCAAUAGAUAUCAUCACUUAUCAAGUUAACAGUGACAUUAAUACUGAUCUGAUGUUUCAUUUUUCUUUCUUUUUUCUACUCUGGUAAGUGUAAAACCUCUGUGUCCCAAAAACAUUGCUCUGACCAAGGUACAACUUUUAAUUCAAUGAUUGAAUAGGGGUGGACUUGGAACCGAAAUUGAAGGGAUUGGACCGUACUGGCACAGUGGCACCAGGAACCGCUCCAAACCGGGUGCAGUUCCGGUUCCUCUUAACUGGGACCGGACCGGUUAGGUUUAUUAUUACGGAGUAAUUUAUUACUGCGUAUUAUUGUUAUUGUUUUAAAAUAGGGUAUUUGGACCCGUUUGGGACCUGAACCGGGUUUCACCCGGAAAUCUUGCUUCCGGUUCCACUUCCGGUAAGGGAAUAUCGGACCGGGAGCUGGUCCGGAACUCUGGAACAUUAUUGUAGCUCCAGUAUGUGGCAAUGUUGAGAAAAUUGGACUUGUCACCAAAGUGGAAAAGCCAACAGAUCAAUGGUAAAAGUGUAAAACAGACUCAAUUCGGUGGAGGUCAUGAUUCCUUUUGUUUGGGUUGGGUUGGGUUGGGUUGGGGUGAGGGUAAUGGUAUGCAUGUUGACCACGCUUGUUU